AUGUACUCCAUGAAUGGCAAGGCAGUGCCUGGUCGCUUCGUCUCUUCAUACAGCGAGGUCCAGGCCAGUCGUCUCGACGUUCCGCUUCCUCUCCCUUCUGUUCUGAAGAGCUCCUUCAGCGUCGUCGAUGGCCCCAAAAGCUCCGCCGCCGGAAACCCAGAGGAAAUAGCCAAGUUGUUUCCUAACCUAUUUGGGCAGCCUUCAGCAAUGCUACGGCCAGGCGGUUCUUCGGUGCUUCCGAAGGAUAAGAGUUUGAAGAUUGGAGUGGUUCUCUCAGGAGGACAGGCCCCCGGUGGACACAAUGUUAUUUGUGGGAUAUUUGAUUACUUGCAGAAGCACACUAGUGGAAGCAUAAUGUAUGGAUUUAAGGGUGGUCCGGCAGGGAUCAUGAAGUGUAAAUACGUUCAACUGUCCGCGGAAUUCAUCUACCCUUACAGAAAUCAGGGUGGCUUUGACAUGAUUGCAAGCGGCAGAGACAAGAUUGAAACUCCCGAACAGUUUAAGCUAGCAGAAGAAACAGCAAAGAAGUUUGAUUUAGACGGGCUUGUGGUCAUUGGCGGGGAUGACUCAAAUACCAAUGCUUGCCUUCUAGCUGAACACUUCAGGGGUAAAAAUAUGAAGACACAGGUAAUUGGAUGUCCCAAAACCAUUGAUGGUGAUCUGAAAAGCAAAGAGGUGCCCAUAAGUUUUGGAUUCGACACUGCAUGCAAGCUAUAUUCAGAAAUGAUUGGUAACGUGAUGAUGGAUGCCCGUUCAACUGGGAAGUACUACCACUUUGUAAGGCUUAUGGGGCGUGCAGCUUCUCAUAUAACCUUGGAGUGUGCACUGCAGACUCGUCCAAACGUCACGAUUAUUGGGGAAGAGGUUGCUGCCAAGAAGCAGACACUCAAGAGUGUAACAGACUAUAUAACAGAUAUAAUCUGCAAACGUUCGGAACUUGGGUUUAAUUAUGGUGUCAUACUUAUACCAGAAGGCCUGAUUGAUUUCAUUCCAGAGGUGCAGCAACUAAUUUCGGAGCUUAACGAAAUCUUAGCUCAUGAUAUUGUUGAUGAAGCAGGGGUGUGGAAACAGAAACUCCAGAGCCAAUCCCUUGAGCUUUUUGAGUUUUUGCCGCAAACAAUUCAGGAGCAACUACUGCUCGAAAGAGAUCCACACGGGAAUGUGCAGGUAGCAAAAAUAGAGACAGAAAAGAUGCUCCUUCAAAUGGUAGAAACUGAACUGCACAAACGGAUGCAGGAGGGGACAUAUAAGCGUGACUUUGCUGGAAAGACACACUUCUUCGGUUAUGAGGGCAGAUGUGGUCUUCCUACAAACUUUGAUGCAAACUACUGCUAUGCAUUAGGUUAUGGUGCCGGUGCGCUCCUUCAUUCAGGAAAGACAGGAUUGAUAUCCUCUGUGGGAAAUCUGGCUGCGCCGGUUGAGCAAUGGACAGUUGGUGGCACGGCAUUGACUUCUUUAAUGGAUGUGGAGCGGAGACAUGGAAAGUUCAAGCCUGUGAUUAAGAAAGCAAUGGUGGAACUUGAAGGUGCACCAUUCAAAAAAUUUGCAUCAUUCCGGGACGAGUGGGCUCUUAAGAAUCGCUACGUUAAUCCGGGUCCGAUUCAAUUUGUUGGGUCCGCAGCAAAUACGAUCAACAACACUCUUCUGCUGGAACUUGGAGCACAAGCAUAGGGAAGAACUGAUUCACAUCUAAAUAAAAACUUAGGACAUGAUGUACAUUUGGAAAUGCUGAAUAGGUUUGCAUUUUUUUGGGUCUAAG